AUGGCGUCGGCCAUGGUCGACAUGCCGCACCGCGAGCGCGGAAAGCAGCGAGAGGGCGGCGAUUCCUAUCGUCCCGCUCGUACUGCGCGCUCGCCGGUGCCGGUGCCGGUGCCGGUGCGGACGGAGGAGGAGAAGCAGGCGGCGGCAAAGGCCGAGUACGAGAAGCUGCUCAACAUGCGGUCGGGAGGCACGUACAUUCCGCCCGCGAGGCUCAGGGCGCUGCAGGCGCAGAUCACGGACAAGACCAGCAAGGAGUACCAGCGGAUGGCGUGGGAGGCCCUCAAGAAGAGCAUCAACGGCCUGAUCAACAAGGUCAACACGGCCAACAUCAAGCACAUUGUCCCCGAGCUGUUUGGCGAGAAUCUGAUCCGGGGGCGGGGCCUGUUCUGCCGGUCCAUCAUGAAGGCCCAGGCCGCCAGCUUGCCCUUCACGCCCAUCUACGCGGCCAUGGCGGCCAUUGUCAACACCAAGCUGCCGCAGGUUGGCGAGCUGCUGAUCAAGCGCCUCAUCAUGCAGUUCCGCAAGGGCUUCAAGCGAAACGACAAGGCCGUCUGCCUCUCCUCGACGACGUUCCUCGCGCACCUCAUCAACCAGCAGGUCCAGCACGAGAUGCUGGCCGGCCAGAUCCUGCUGCUGCUUCUGCACAAGCCGACGGACGACAGCGUGGAGAUUGCCGUGGGCUUCUGCAAGGAAAUCGGGCAGUACUUGGAGGAGAUGCAGCCUGCCAUCUCCAUGGCCGUCUUCGACCAGUUCCGCAACAUCCUUCACGAAUCCGACAUCGACAAGCGAACCCAGUAUAUGAUUGAGGUGCUUUUCCAGAUUCGAAAGGACAAGUUCAAGGAUAGCCCGGCUAUCAAGGAAGAGCUGGAUCUGGUUGAAGAGGAGGACCAGAUCACACACAAGGUCGAGCUUGAUGGCGAGAUUGACGUUCAGGAUGGACUCAACAUCUUCAAGUUCGACUCCGAGUGGGAGGAGCACGAAGGGGCUUACCGGAAACUCAAGGCGGAAAUUCUCGGCGAGGGUAGCGACGAUGAAGACGGCGACGAGGAUGACGAGGACGAGAGCGAUGAAGAGGAGGAGGAGGAAUCGAAAGCCAUGGAGAUCAAGGACCAGUCCAACGCCGACUUGGUCAAUCUACGAAGAACCAUCUACCUCACCAUCAUGUCAAGCGCCGAUCCAGAGGAAGCAGUCCACAAAUUGAUGAAGAUCAACCUGCCCGCUGGCCAGGAGCCUGAGCUGCCAUCAAUGAUUGUCGAGUGUUGCUCUCAGGAAAAGACGUACACCAAGUUCUUUGGCCUGAUUGGUGAGCGGUUUGCCAAGAUCAACCGUCUAUGGUGCGAUCUCUUUGAGCAGGCCUUUGCCAAGUACUACGAGACGAUCCACCGCUACGAGAACAACAAGCUACGAAACAUUGCCAUGUUGUUCGGCCACAUGUUUGCCGCCGACUCCCUCGGCUGGCACUGCCUCUCCGUCAUCCACCUGAACGAGGAUGAAACCACGUCCAGCAGCCGCAUCUUCAUCAAGAUCCUGUUCCAGCACAUCUCGGAGGAGGUCGGCAUGGUCAAGCUGAGGGCGCGCAUGACUGACGAAACCCUCCGCCCCAGCCUCGAAGGCAUCUUCCCCCGCGAGAACCCUCGCAACAUCAGAUUCUCCAUCAACUACUUUACCAGCAUUGGCAUGGGUGUUUUGACCGAGGAGAUGCGAGAGCACCUCCAGAACAUGCCCAAGCCUGCGCUCCCUGCACCCCCUGCCCAGGACCGCUCGGAUUCAGAGUCUGUCUCAAGCUACUCGUCUUAUACUCGCUCAUCAUACUCUUCUCGAUCUCGCUCCCGCCCUCGGUCUGCGGCUCGUCGCGGCGACAGUCGAGGCCGAUCCCUUUCCCGAACACCGCCACGACGUGGUGCAAGGGACCGAUCAUACUCUGACUCGCGGUCACGAUCCCGGCCUCGGUCUGGCUCUACGGGGAGGCCGACGAGAUGCUACCAGAAGCCGAAGCUACUCCUCGCGCUCACGCUCCUCACAGUCCCCGCCUCCACAACGGAAUCGUGGUCGUGCGCGAAGCAACUCGUACAGCUCUUACAGCCGCUCUCCAUCUCCGCCGCGAAGGGAGAGGGGCGCAAACUCGGCCAGCCCGCCGCCUCGACGGGGCCGACCGCGCCAGAGCCCCGGCGGACCUGCUGCUGGCCGCAGAAACAGCUCAUCUGUCAGCAGUGGAGGACCCCGGAAGAAGCUCAGGCGGGAUAUCAGCCGAUCGCCGUCCCGCGAGGCUUCGAGAUCAAAAUCGAGAUCAAGGUCUCCGGUCCCUCUUUCGCGCGGCAGAAGGGCUUCUUACAGCCCGUCGCGCAGCCGCAGUCCCCCUUCGCGCAGGGCAAGGAAUGGUUCGGCGGAUCGUCCGCGAGAGAGGAGUCCUGUGCCGAUGAAGAGGCGGCGGUACGACAGCGAGAGCGUGUCCAGAUCACCGCCUCCCGUGAAGCGUGGUCGGCGGGAGACUUGAGUUUUUGCGGUCUAUCCCUGUAA